CAGUUUCCUACAUGGAGGCAUCGAUGAUCCACUGCUACUAGAUACAGAAGUUCGUUAAAUGAAAGCUUCUAUUCCGUCCACAACUAUAUGAACUAUUUGAAACUUCACGAUAACACGUUCAACGUUGCGUUGGCGAUGUAGUAUGUUAGACAUUGUGCACUUACUAAUCAGUUGACCUUGGAUAUGAUAUGAUUAAGAUUACUCACGUUAUAUUUGACGUCGAUGGUCUUAUUUUGGAUACAGAAUCCAUAUACACUGAGUUCACAUCAAAUUUUCUUAGUGAAUAUAAUUUACAGUUCGACUACAACAUAAAAAAACUAAUGAUGGGAAGAAAACCUCAUGAAGCCGGUGAAAUACUUGUAAAGCACUAUAAUUUGCCACUAAGUGCUAGUGAAUUUAUCCAAAGGCAGUCAAAAUACAUUACUCCAGAAAGAUGGGAAAGUGUUCAGUGUUUACCAGGUGCAGAGAAACUUAUUUUGCAUCUUGCUUCUCAUAAUAUUCCUAUGGCCCUAGCUACUGGUUGUUGCAGUUAUGAACUUGAUCAGAAAAUGAGAAGUCAUCAAGUUAUAAUGACCAAAGUAUCUCAUUCUGUUUGCUCUGGUGACGAUCCUACUGUUAAGCAUGGUAAACCUAUGCCGGAUAUAUUUCUAACUACCGCUAGCAGAUUUAAAAUUCCUCCAGAUUCCUCUGAUAACGUUUUAGUGUUUGAAGACUCUCCAAAUGGUGUUGAAGCCGCUCUAUCAGCUGGGAUGCACGUUGUAUGGAUUCCUGAUCCACGAGAACCACCUGGAAAUUUUCCGAAAUCAACUUCAUCCAUUGACGUAUCACGUGUCACUAGAUUAAAUUGUCUGUCUGAUUUUAAACCUGAACAGUUUGGUCUUCCAAGGUUCGAAAACGACUCUUGAUUAUACGUAAGUAGUAUAUAACACCAAUCAGAAGUUGAAUGCCUGGCAGCAGAAGGUUGAGAAGAUCGAAUCAAAGAGAACGGCGACAGAGAGUGUUUGUUAUGGUGAUGAAGAAACGAUGAAGUUUGAGACAGUUGGUGGAUAAUUUGCAAAUAAAGUAUUGAACGUAUUGUUUUUCACAUUUUAUCAAAUAAAUUUGUAAUUUUGUAUUAAAAUAAACUAGUUGUUCCCA